AUGGAAUACAACCGCAUGCCCAUUGAAAUCGAAUCGCCCGAGGAAUACGGCUACGACAAGAUCAAAUACAACCUGUCCGAAAGUUCCAUCGCCGACCAGACUCUUGGAUCCCUUGGCCUGCAGGUUCCCGACCUGAAGCUGCUGUACAACGAACAUAAAGGAAGCACUAGUCUACGCAGGCUGAUCAUCGAGGGAUACGAUAACCUCAGCAGCGAUGAUGUCCUCAUCACAUCCGGCGCGGCCGGUGCCCUUUUCAUCAUCGCUAGCUCUCAACUCAGUCGAAAAGACCAUUUGGUAGUGGUGCGACCAAAUUACGCAACAAAUCUCGAAACACCCCGUGCAAUCGGCUGUGACAUUUCCUUUGUUGACUUGGCUUUGGAGUCGCAGUUCCAGAUUGACUUGGCUGCUAUUGAGUCGGUUAUCCAGCCCAAUACCAAGAUGAUCAGUAUCACCACACCGCACAACCCCACCGGCGCAGUCAUCAGUCGUGCAACGCUAGACGCCUUGGUCGUGCUGACCAAGGAGAAAAAUAUCUUACUGCUGGUGGACGAAACAUAUGCUGAUAUCUCGUACGAUCAACGGUUGCCCAUCGCAGCCUCACUUGGAGACCAUGUCAUCAGCGUCUCCUCCCUGUCCAAGUCGCACGGGAUUCCUGGCAUUCGGCUAGGCUGGCUGAUCAACAAGGAUCCGUCUCUGCAGGAGACCUUCCUCGCCGCUAAGGAACAGAUUAGUAUUAGCGGGAGUGUGAUCGACGAGUGGAUCGCAGAGCAAGUCCUGUCACGGAGGGAGGAGAUUCUCACUGCUACUGUACGCGAGAUGAGACAGCGCCGCGAUAUCGUCGCCGCGUGGGUAGACAAGGAUGACUAUCUGGAAUGGGUUCGGCCAGAGGGCGGGGUGGUCUGCUUUCCGCGCAUUAAAGAUGGUGUCGAGAUAGCUGGUGGGCUUGCCGUAUUCUAUCAUCGUCUGCUGUACAAGUAUGGCACCUAUGUUGGUCGCGGUCAUUGGUUUGAGCUCCCGGAUACGUUUUUCCGGAUUGGCUAUGGAUGGCCCACGGUGGAGGAGUUGGAGGGGGGUCUAGAGGCUAUCUCGCUGGCUUUGCGGGAUAUCUCUACCUGA